AGAUAAAAAUUAUUUAGUAUUAUAAAAAUAUUGGAUAAAUAAACUGAAAAAUGUCAGGAAUUGCAAGUCGACUAACCAACCAACUUGUUGGGAAAAAUUUCCAUAAACCUUCGUCGCUGUUGUUCACAAGAUUAAUGUCUAGUGGCACUUACGAAAACGUUAUAGUUGAAAAAGUCGGCGAAAAGAAAAACGUCGGUUUGAUCACUUUGAAUAAUCCUAAAUCUCUGAAUGCACUUUGCGAUCCGUUGAUUGCUGAUAUCAAAAAAGCAGCAAACGAUUUGAGCGAAGAUAAAGAUGUAGGAUGCGUUGUUAUUACUGGCAAAGGUAAAGCAUUCGCAGCUGGUGCGGAUAUCAAACAGAUGCAGCCAAUGACACUCCAAAAUUGCAUUAUGGGUAACUUUCUUUCUGAUUGGGGCCAAUUUGGUAAAAGACCGAUUAUUGCCGCUGUGAAUGGAUACGCUCUGGGAGGAGGGUGUGAGCUUGCAAUGAUGUGCGAUAUUAUAUAUGCUUCAGAUAAAGCACAGUUUGGGCAGCCGGAAAUUUUACUCGGCACAAUCCCGGGAGCUGGAGGCACUCAGCGACUUACGAGAGCUGUUGGAAAGUCUUUAGCAAUGGAGAUGUGUCUCGCAGGAGAUAGAAUAACAGCACAAACGGCCCUCGCAGCUGGUCUCGUAAGCAAAGUCGUUGAUGCAGAAAAACUGGUAGAAGAAGCAAUAAAAACUGCGGAAAAAAUUGCAAACAACUCGAAAAUCAUUGUUACUCUUGCGAAAGAAGCAGUCGAUGCAGCAUUCGAGACGACACUCACUCAAGGAUGCCAGUUUGAAAGAAAGAUUUUUCACUCAACCUUCGGAACGAAUGAUAGGAAAGAAGGAAUGGAUGCUUUUGUUGAAAAAAGAAAAGCUAAUUUCACUGAUUCAUAAAGAAAAACUGGCGACUAUAAUUCUUAUUCUUGCUUUACAAUGUUUAUAAUUAUGCCAAAUAAUUUUUUAAAAAUUUGUCAUUGAAAAA